ACAAGUGCAAGUCCCUGGUCAAGAAAUAACUGACUUGCUGAUGUCUACAACCAGCUCAAGGACAAGAAGACCAAGCUGGGUGGCACAUUGGCUCACUGCAUCAACACUGGUGCUGAGAACCUUGACAGCAGUGUCGGCUGCAUGGCCUGCGAUCCCGAGGGCUACGAAGUCUUCGCUCCUCUUCUGGACAAUGUGAUCAAGGACUACCACAAGUUCCCCAUGGACAAGCCUAUCAAGCAUCCCGCUCCCGCUUUCGGUAACCUGAAUGAUCUUCCAUUCGGUGACCUCGACCCAACAGGGGACAUGAUAGUCUCUACCAGAGUGCGCGUCGGUCGCAGCGCCGCAGGAUUCGCCUACCCACCACUCAUUGCCACCGCCGACCGUAAAGCCAUUGAGACGAAAGCCCUGUCAGCAUUCGCCACACUGACGGGUGACUUCAAGGGAACAUACUACUCAUUGGAGACUAUGACACCUGCUGAUGAGAAACAGUUGAUCGAAGACCACUUUUUGUUCAAGAAUGACGACAGAUUCAACGAGCAAGCUGGCGUGUACAGGGACUGGCCCAAGAGCCGUGGUAUCUUCCACAACCCCAAGAAGAACUUCCUUGUCUGGCUGAAUGAAGAGGACAACCUAAGGAUCAUCUCGAUGCAGAUGGGAGGCAACCUGGGAGAGGUCUACAAAAGGCUUGUCGAGGGUAUCAACCACAUGGAGAAAGCGAUCCCGUUUGCCCACAGUGACAGGUUUGGCUACCUGACCUUCUGCCCAACCAACCUGGGCACCACCAUGAGAGCCUCGGUCCACGCCAGGAUUCCAGAACUUGCCAAGAACCCGGACAAAAUGAAUGCCAUAUGUGCACAGUACAGCAUUCAGCCACGUGGUAUCCACGGCGAGCACACAGAGAGUGUGGGCGGAGUCUACGAUCUGAGCAACAAGAGACGUCUGGGUCUGACCGAGAUCGAGGCUGCCACUGAAAUGGCCAAUGGGGUCAAGGCCAUCUUGGCAGAGGAGAGGAAACUCAGCGGGAAGUAAACAACUACAGAGGAACUGUUUGAAGUCACAUUUCCACCUGUAGCGAGACUCGUUUUCAUAAAAAUCAUCGCCAACAGUAAAGAGAGUUAUGAAUGAUAAUUAACGUUUAUUGGUUGUCACGAGAACCAUCAUACUAUUGGAUAUUCGAACAAAAUGGAAAGUCAAUUUACGAGCAAAUGCCAACAACGUCAUUAAAUGUAGCUGACAAUAUUAACUUUAUCCUCAGCAGUGUUGUGUAAAUAAAAUCUACACACUUCUACGGAGUAUUGGAACAAACGUCAACAACUCUCAUAUAAACUCCUCUUCCGUACUGGUAUUGUGUGUUUUGUUUUGAUCCCGGCCAUACAUGUUGUAUCCCACAUUUGAUUCAGAAUCAUAUUGCACGUAUUUAUUUCUGUAUCUUUUAGUUUGGCUUUAAAAAUGACCUGUGCGCAGCAUUUCCUUUUCACAUACACCGGGGCAACUAGACAUUUCAAGACUUAAUGGGCAUGUGUAGUUAUGGAAGAGCUUGUUGACAACAUGCUGGUCGGGAAAGAGCGGACUUGGUUUGUUGAAGAGUGCCGACUUGGCCAUGUUGUGGGAAUGAUAAGAACUGAUCCUACGGCACCAGCACCUUUCUUUUGUGGAAAUGAUAAGAACUAAUCCUACGGCACCAGCACCUUUCUUUCUGAAGAUAAGGUCAGUUGUGGUUUCUGGGUCCUGUUAUUUGAUACGAAGGAAAUAAAGUUCGACCUUAGUUAA